AUGGGGAUAGAACACAUCCAAGGUACCAGCAAAGUCAGACUUCUCCUUUCUCUGUGCUUGUUUAUUUUGGCAGGGGAAUCUAGUUGCUUCAGCACACCAUCAUUCACCACAAAAUCAUCAGGACUGACUGCGGCUUCAGAAGGGCGGACACUCGUUGCUGUCACUCGUGAAGAUGGCAAGAACUCGAAAUUGUUAAAGGUGAUUAGUGAUGAUCUGGAGCUUGGUUCAACCACUGAACUUUUGGAGCUACCCUGUAUUGAGCAUGCUUCUGGUGCGGAUAUUGACAUUCUUGGACCAACUCUGAAAUCAAAGGACUGGGAUUAUGUUGCAGUGACAUCUCCCGAAGCAGCAAAGGUUUUGGCUUCUGCUUGGGAUAUUGUCCGCGAUAAUCCACCCCCAGUCGUUGCGGUUGGGGUUGCUACAGAAAGAUCUCUUGAAGGGUUUUCGAUCGAUGUUUGUUUCACUCCAAGUAAGGCCACUGCAGAAACCCUUGUGGCCGAGCUGGAACUGAAUGGUCCAAGUACAUCGCUUCUCUAUCCGGCUUCAGCCCGCGCAAAGAAAACACUACAAAAUGGAUUAGAAGCUCGAGGUGUUGAAGUUACUAGACUGAACACCUACGACACAGUCACAGCGAACUGGUCGGAUGACAAAAAGAAGGCAUCAGAAGAGGUGAAGAUCGCUUGUUUCGCGAGCCCUUCUUCGAUAAAGGGCUGGCUACAAAACACAAACGAGAACAAUAAUGUGAUUGCGGCUUGUAUUGGUGAAACCAGCGCCACGGCAUGCCGAAACCACGGAUGGGAUGAAAGCAAAAUCUUUUAUCCAGAGAAGCCUGGAAUUGAUGGAUGGGUGCAGGCGAUCAAGGAUGCUGCAGCAUCCAUCACGGUUGCUCACUCCUAA